UCCCCCCUGCACUCCACCUGGUGGCGAGAGAAGAAGAAGAGGGAGGAGAGGACAGGAGAGAAGAGCGGCCGCGGCACUUCCGGUGGAGUGCCGCGAGCGGUGGGAGGGGUGGGAACAGCCUCCUCCAGUGGAGUCGGUCGAGCAAGAGGAGCGACAUUUGGCUGAGGGAGGCGAACGGGAGCUUGGUGUUUGCCGGCUUCCUUCCUUUUCUCCCUCUUUCUCACCUGCUAUGGCGGUGGACAUGAGGCGGCUGGAGGGCCUGAGCCUUCACCAGCUGAACGAGCUGCUGGACGAUGAGGAGCAGCUCCAGAGCAUGGCCAGAGAGAUGGAGGAGGCCCAAAACGUUCAGCUUAGCAAAGACAUGACUCUUGCCAGCAACCGCAGCCUAGCAGAAGGCAAUCUCUUAUACCAGCCAAAGCUGGAUGCUCUGAAGGCUGCAUUGACUCAGAAAUACCAGGAGCUGCAGGUUCUAUUUGAAGCAUAUCAGAUCAAGAAAACCAAGCUAGACAGACAAUCCAGCAAUGCUUCCCUGGAGACCCUUCUAGCGCUGCUUCAGACCGAAGGGGCUAAAAUUGAAGAAGGCACGGAGAACAUGGCUGAGAAGUUUCUGGAUGGUGAAGUUCCACUGGACACCUUCAUUGAUGAAUAUCAGAGCCAAAGGAAACUGGCUCAUUUGCGACGUGUGAAAAUAGAAAAACUCCAAGAGAUGGUGCUGAAGGGACCAAGACUUCUCCCAAUGCCACCUCAGCCGAGAACCACUGAAACACCACCAGCACUUCAGACUUCAGAGGCAAACACCCCGCCUUCUGUUAUGCCUCGCCGCAAUCCUCCUCCUCCUCCUCUGGUGCCAGCAGUCCCAGCAGGACGCUUCCCUACACCUUUUACAGCGGCACUGAGUGCGGGACCAGCCCUCCCUUAUUCAAGCGCUCCAUACCCUCCACUCCCCCCUCGAACAGGAGCUCCAUCUGCUAGUCAAAUGCUCCCACCAGGAUAUCCAACUCCGUUUGUCCCCCAGUACCCACCAGCGUUGGCCCAAAGACCACCGCCUCGCCUGCCACCAAAUCCUGGCUUUAUCCUGCAAUGAAGAUGCCAUCGGGACCUGACUCUUGUGUAUUGAUGCUGACCUUUUUGCUCUUUAUCUCCCAGAAACUCAACCUAAGUAGUGGGAAACCUCCAGUGCUUUUGCACAGAGGAGUACAAGAAAUCUAGGCUGAUAGCCUGUGCAUCAAUGCAUCCUGUGUUUUCCAUCAUCACCGCUGUGUUUUUGUUUUUUUUAAAAAAGAAUUGACAUCUGCAUAAAACACUUGUUUUGAAUGGUGGUAGGCAGCUGAAUUGUGUAAAUUAGGUGGAGUAUUUCCAUUAUAAGUGGGAACUCACCUAACUCUUAAAGAGAUUUCAGCCAGCAUGAAAUGCCUGCCUCUUUCGAUGGGAUCUUGUUUCUUUUUCUACUUUAUUUGAGCAUGAAGAACUGCCAACCAAUUCCAGAAAAGAAUCCCCAUUCUGAUAUUUGAAUGGUAGCUGUUGCAUAUGUAUUCUGACUACAAGAACACAGUAAAAUGGGCUAGCCAGCAACGCUGCUGACUCAGUGCUUGUGGUACACAAACUCUGUUUAAACUACAAAAUUAUUAUUUUCAGAGUUAGCUAACUUUGGUGUUGGCAUCUGAUGUGCAGCAAGUUGCUUCCGUUGCUGAUGUAAUCCCAUUCAUUUCAGUGAGAUGAUGCCAGUGUAAGCAGGUCUCCAAAAUGCCCUUUUAAAAUAUUUGGUGGGGAUCAACUUUUUAAAAACAUUAUGACCUCCAGAAACCUCAGGAUUUAUAUAUACAUACAUAUAUAUACAUAUAUAUAUAUAUAUACAUAUAUAUAUAUAUAUAUAAAGAGUGAUCUGCUUUUCCUGCUCUUGUUGCUUGACCAAAUUCGAAAUCAGCCUGUGUUGGGAAAUCUUUAGGGCACCUCCCUCUCCUGCUUGCUGCCACUCUUCUCUUCCCAUCAGUCUCUCACUGCAGCAUGUCGGGAAGAGGCUCUUCUUCAAGGCUUUUGGCUUGCAAUGUCUUUAUGCAUCUCAGGCAGCAAGUUCUGUCAAACACACUUUUUAGUCUGUGGCUUCUGUCUAAUCUUGUGGGCAACUAGUUUCCAUCCAUUCGUAUUUUCAUUACAUCUUGGUCCUAAGCCAAAGCUCCUACCCCAACUGAGAACCUCAAAUUUGUUUUGUGUUGAGCCAGGAGAGAUCCUUCUCCCCCCUCUGUACCCUCCAAACCUCCCUCUUCUUCUAGACCAUUUGUUUCCUAAAACUGAAGGCCUGCUUCUGUUUACAGGUCUUGCGAGACUACUAUUGUUCUCUCUAUGAAUCCUGGCUAUUAGGUUUUUCUCUUCAAUAAUCUUUUGCAGUCACAACAAAUUUUGUGAUUUCAGUGUUGCUUUAAUCCUUCUGGGGGCUAACUUGCUAUCAGACGGAUCUGUGACAGAGUACUGAACAUUUGCUAAAUGGAAAUUUUCAUCGCAUUGGAGUUUCUUCCAGGAGUCUGGAAGAAAGUAAAAGAUUUUAGAGGGAUCAGUUUCCCAUUUGACACUAGUGCUCAUUUGUGUUUGAGUUGUUCCUGAAUUUUAAUAUGCAUAAGUAGCUCUGAAAAUGCCUUGUGUUUCAAGAGGAUUUGGAGGGGGACAGUUGUUGCUGAAUUUGGUAGGAAUUUUUUCUCUUAAACAGAGUCUAAAAGAUUUUUUGGGAAAACAUCCAUAUUCCAGGUGAAGGUAACCUUGUUUAUGGCUGCAUUUUGUAAGCUUUUGCAUCCUUCUGCAUUAAAUUGCCAGAAGCUUUAAUAAGAAGCAUAUGGAGAAAAUAAAGUAUUUUGAAGUGAGGAAGGUAAAGGGUAGAAUACAUACAUAGAAGUUAACACACAGUGUAGUUAUGGCAGAGUACUUAGUUCUAGUCCAAAUUCUUCUGUCACCACUUUUUACUUACCUUUUCGCCACAGCAUGUUGCAGGGAUAGCUCAUUCUAUACAUUCUAUUCUAUGAAGCAAAAUGCAGAUAAUAAAAAACUGCUGCUGUUUCUUCAGUAGCCAGGAGGAUUGCCUUGUGUGCUGUUGAAUGAUGUAUCUCAACGAAUGAGUUUGACUUCAAACUGGCAGUCGUAAAGCAAGCCUUGAAUUCAAGCCUCUCUUGUAAGGGACAGCAGUGUUGCAUUUAAUAAGCAGAUUAAGAUACUGACCCAAUUCACACAUAGCUCUAAGCCAAAGCAUGGUUUAGUUUACACCAGUGGCGGCAGUUGCAGGACUGGAGGAUCAGAGUAGUUGCGAUCUUUGCACCAGAAACCCAUGUUUGCUCAUUUGUGCUAAGCUAUGGUUUGGCUCAGAGUUACUUGUGAACGGUGCCAGUGUGUUUGGGCAGUGUUGCACAGAGAGGCUGUGUUCUGGUUACCAGUAUAUAGGCCCUUCUGAAAGGCAAGGUAAUCCUAAACAGUUAGAUCACUGAUUUUUGAAAUUGGCUUUAACUGGGAUUUUUCAACCUUCUCAAACAAGUGCUUGGCCUUAGACCAUCUUUUUCCAUUUCCCCCAUUUCUCUUAGCCUGGCUUUGAAAAUUUGUCUUGGGAAUUCUAGCUAUGAACUCUGCUGAAGUGGAUGGGAAAGACCCAAACUUGGGUGUGGUGUCCAUACAGGAAAAAGUCACAUAGGUUGUAGAAGUAGGAAGAAAGUGACAUUUCAGUUACACCUACUUAAUUCCAAAUUAUGUAGAGGGUGUGUGUGAAAAAGAGAGAGUGAGAGCUGGGGGGAGAGUUAUUAAAUGGGAAAGCUGAUCUGCAUGGAUCUUGAGUCAUUUGUGACUGGGAAGCAUCCUUCAAACUAAUUUACAGCAUCAUUCCAUUAAGGUGCAUCCUGAAUGCAAAGAAAUUGGUGAAAGUAAAACUUGGUUGCAGUCCAUAGGCAGCUUCGUUAAAUCUGUGUUGCCACACGCUGUUCAUGAAGAGAAGGGGGAAAUGGGAAGCGGUGUGCAACAUCUCUUAUCAGGUUUUAACAAAGGGUGUAAUUUCUCACAGCUCAGAGUACAGAUACGAAAGUGUGAAGCUGUUGGAACGGUGCAUCAAUUAGCAGCCUGCCUUAACUGUUUCACUGUGGAAGGGUGCUGUUAAUGCAUUGUGUCCUUUUCAAUAUAUUUUUUAAAAAAAACAAAGCCACAGUUGCCAAUCUAGACCUUCCUGUGCAUGCUCCAGUUUCCUUUUUGCCAUUCUUCCAUUCUUGUUUAUCUCCCAGUGCUUCCUCCCAGUCUGUGGCUGGAACCCCUUUUGUGAUGUCAAGAGCUACAUUUUUGCCAGUUUUGCAAAGCAUAAGUCAGCCAUUGGGAAUUUUUUUAUAUUGUAUCAUAUUGUCAUUCUUGUGAUCUCUGCUCCUUUUUGAUAAAUUGCAAGGAUGACUGACUAAAAGAGCAAAAUACAAAAACUCUUCAGCCUGGAGGCUUCUUUCUUCAAGCCAUAAAUCUUCUGCUGAAAGAUGAAACCCUGGUCAUUAUUCGUGUGUCACAAAUUGGACUCAGUGUGCUUUUGUGCCCAUCCUUGAACUGCCAUUUUCCUGUUAAGAGGACAACUCCGUUUGCCUUGGAACAGGAUAUCCUCCUCCCAUCUGGCUAUGGGACUCUUGAGGCUUAUUCUGACAAGACCAGAAUCUCUCAUUUGAUUUGAUCCUGGUGUAUGAACCAACUCCCACUGUGUACCUUUGGGCGAUUUUGUGAAAGCCUAGCUUGAUACAGGAAAAUGGGUUUCUAGAGACUUUUUGUCUAAUCAAGCAUGAGAUUUCAGUACUCCAUGGAUGACAUGCAAUUUCUUUUUUAAAAAAAAGAUGACAAGUGCAUUCCUGUAUCUGCUGAACACUAUCCAUUAUAAUUUGAUAUGAGCUAGUGAAUUGUUGAGUUUUAUCUUCUUUUUUUCAUUUUGCUUAUUGUAGAGUAUGAACCUUCAGAGAUGAAGUGGCUUUGAGUAUUUGGUCCUUCAACUAGCUGUGAUCACCUGUUCAUAAUUAUUCUUACAAAGGAUGCUUUUUACAUGACUACUCGAAAGGCACGGGGAUGACUCCUAUGAGUCACUCCUGUGUCCUGAAAGAUUAUGUGGCUGAAUGAGUAAGAUGCGUGACUUGACCACAGACAGAGCCAUAAAACUAAAGCUUCCAAAACAGAUUUUGGAUAACUAGUAUGUGUGUUUCAACAAAGUUGUUUGUUACUUGUUCAUAUGAGUCACCCUUUGGAAUGGGAGAGUAGCUUAUCAAAGCCAUUUGAUGGUUGUAACGUGGCUUCUUGCAUAUUUUAGAGACUUGGUUAAACAUUCUCUCAAAAGUUCAGUCUCAGGUGAGUCUUGGAGCAUGGCAAAGAGUCCUCUUUUUCCACAAACCAGGAUGCAAACAUUGGUGCUAACAUAGCCAUCUCUUUACUGCUGCUUCAGAGCUCAUCUUUGAAUCCCUAAGUGACAGGCAGACCUGUUUAGUGCUGUAACUCUUGCCAGUUCACCCCCUCCCCAAUUAGAAGGUACUAGUUAUGUCUCUUCAAAUACACAUUUCAUUUAACAAAAGAAAUUUGUUCUCCUUGUAACACCGGCUGUCAUUUCCGCUCUCCCCAGCACCCCAAUACAUCACACAUUCAAAAGAAAAAACUUGAGUCAAAUGUUGUUCAAAUUGAAAUAGAGAUGUUGAACAAAUUAGGGGGGAGCUUUAACAGCAUGUGCCUACCAGUUUAUCAUCUGAAGUGCACAAGAGAGAAGGUCAUAAGCCUACUUACGAAUUUCGCAAUGCAUAUUUAUAUACUUUCUGACAUGUUUUUUGAUUGAGUGUUCCAGUAAGAACCUGAAAAUCUGUUACUAGUUUUUAGAAAUACCUUUAAAAAAACACACACUUUUUGUAAUUGCUGAACUGUUCAGGAAUACCUCAUGCAGAAGAGAACCAUGCUACAAUCCAGAAGCAAAGCAUCACGGGAGACAAGGAGCUGAAGUGUGCCUUAGGAUUACUGCUUGUGACUUGUUGAGAAAAGAUACUUGCAUAUCUUUCAAUACAGUGGCCAUUCAACUGGCCUUUUCUAAGGGCUUCUUUCUGAUGUUAACAGGAUUUAGAACUAAACAUAAGGCAGUAAGUGCUAUUUGUUUGCGGUGGGAAGUGUACAUCUGUGGUUGGCAACAGUUUUGCUAAACCAACACAAUGAAGGAAAAGGUGGGGAAGGUCUGGUCUGACGUGCCUUCCUGUGAGCAGGCCACUAUCAAGCUUGCCGGAAGAACUUCUGUUCUUCUCUGAGGUGGCAGUUAGGGAAGGGAGCUGGCAACAGCCAUAUGGGGCUGUGGGGGAGGAGGGUGUUGCAGUUGUGGGCCUAUCUGUUUGCUGGCGCUACUUGUUGUAUGUCAUUGAGUUCAAACCAGUGGCGGUAGGAAGUGCUUAUGCGUGUUGUAACUGCUUGGCCUCUGGAGAGCAAUAGAGCAAGAUCUUUGGUCACCUCUUGCUUAUUGGAAGCCAAAACUUUAUUGAGCUCACAUUUGAGGGUGAGCACAGAAAGCACUGAGGCAAAACUGAUGCCUAUCAGCAUUGACAAGAGGGUUGACUCCAAGCCAAGCUAUGUAUAACUACUGAGGUCCUGUGAAUGCAAUGCCUCCUACACAGGUAGCACUUGAGCACAUGCUGUUGACAUUUCCUCUGAUUAAAGGGGGCUGGGGGGGAAUAAACCAAAGGAACCUGAUGCAAAUAGAAGAAUGAUUUCUUUCCCACCGGUAACUCUUGAACAGGUUUGCACCCAAAUCCUGCCUCUCCCCCCCCCCACUGCAUCCUUUUACUCUGCGUAUGUCAGAAAGAAGUAUUGCCUAGGGGGAGGGCUUGGGCAACUAAGGUGAGGACAUGAAUGGGAGGCAGACCCCUCCACCCUGCAUGGGAGGGGUUCCUGGCCUUUAGGCCACCUGAAGAACAAAAUUGUUGAGCAAGGCUCUCCCCUUUUAUGAAAGCAUGGUCUAAUAGUGGCAAAAUACUAGUAGUGUGGUUAUAACCUUGUUCAAGACAGUUGAGCAUGCAUUAUGAUGUAAAAUGCCUGCAAAUGGCAAAUACUACCUGAAAACUUCAAAGUUUUUUUAAUUAACAGAAACAGUUGAAAUGCAUAACUUUAGAUGGUAUUAGAAUAUAGAGAGAAACUAUUUUAGUGUUGCAUUUGGGGUAUUGCUCUUUUGCUGAUCUUUAUAUAAAAAUUUUGCAAAUGUGUUUUGUUCACUAUACCUGUACUGUGCAGCUGGUGGUGUUUUUAAAAAGGUCAAUGAAAACCCCCAUGUAUACUAUUUUGAGGUGGAGGAAGCCAUGUUCCCUUAAGGUUUUGUGUGUGUGUGUGUGUUUUUGGGGGGAAUAGCCACUUUUUAUAUACAACUGUCUUAAUUGCCCUUUCUAUAAUACACAUGGAUGGAUGUCUGAGCUAAAGUGGAAUUUCAAAAAAUAAUUGCUUGCCAUUAAGUCCUAAUCUGUUUCUUAAUUUGUAUAUAUUAUGGGAAAAGCCUGAGUGGAUUUUGCUGGUUUAUUGUCAUCCAGUGGCAGCAUCAGAGAUGUUGGGUGUUGUUGUUUUUUAAAAAGCACUUAAGAACUAUGUGUGUUCAAGUAUGGGAUAGGUAACUUAGUUUUAUUAAGGGAGGAUGGGAGUGUAUUUAAACCAAGUAGAGAAAGGAGCGUCAGGUGGUGGCAAUUUGAUAACCCUUUGUCGUAGGGCUGUACUCCGAGGCAUUAAUCCUGUUACUUGGGCCGCAGGAGGCAGGGUCCUUGACACUUCAUGCCAGCACGAGCCAGUUUUGUAAAGUGUAGCAUGCUACCUGUAAUCCCAAAAGAAGCUGCUGGAUAUGGAAGAACUUUUAACUAAGCCUCUAGCAGAAUCUCUCUUGCUUCUGCAAGUAGGGCUGUUCCUAAUGUGACAAGACUGUAAAAGUUUCCUUUGUGCUGUACAACUGAUGAGAAUGUGGUUUCAAAGCAAGCUUCAGCAUUGAAGGCUAGCUGUUUUUCUUGUAGAAUUGGCUGUUAAUGACUCCAGGAUUGCAGUGAUUACUGAAUAAAAGAAUUACUAGAUUUUGUACAAA